GUUGUCACGAAAGACAAUAUAUUAGCCGUCAUUGAGUUGGAGAAGAGAGACAAAGAUUACCCGUCCGUUGAUUUCGCCGAUUCCGAUGCCCUACAGAUUGGCGACGAAGUGUUGGCGCUCACAGACCCGAGAUAUGGGAUCUAUAACCACAUGAGCGACGGUCGGGUCACUGAUCUGCGUCUGAGUGGAUCUCUUGUGCAGAAAUUUCAGCGAAUGCCAGAUCUCGCGGCUUAUGAUUACAUCAUACAUACGGCGCUCUCGAAGGCUAACGGCUCGGCUCUACUGAACCGCGCGGGACAGGUAUUAGGCAUGAAUUGCACCCAACAGGACAAUCACAUCAAUUCUGAAGGCACCCGACUCUCAAUUGGACUCGUUUUGUAUCCGUACGAUCCAAACAAUAAGGAGUGGUUUAUUGAUAAUGAAGUCGAUGCGGAAGACCUCACAGAUGACCCGGGAGUCAUGAUUUGGGAGAUCUUUGAGGACUCUAAAGUGCGAGGAACUGGUAUUUAUAAAUACGAUAUAAUCACUCAUAUAAACGGCACUGAAAUUAAGUCAAUGGAUGGCAUUAAUGAUUUUGUGACCACAGAACGGGUCGAUAAGAAUAUAGUUCUUCGGAUUAAUGGUGUGGACCAUAAGAUUGAAUUAAAUACAUCGCAAAUGAAACCUCACAAAAAGUAUAACGAUCUGAAUUGUUAUCAUCCAGUGGUCACAUCCAUGACCAGAAUGAGAGAUAACUUCUACUUCUUAUCCACUUAUGACAAGAGAUUUUGGUUUAUCAGUGAAUCAGACGAAGCGAAUGACAAGAAUAGCCGAAAGUUGGACACAAUAACCACUAAUUGGCUUAAAAUCGAUGCUUCGCUUUACUUUGGAUUGAACGCCGAGUGCGGCCUUCAGUUCAGGGAUUCAUUAGUUUUAGUCAAUUAUAACGAGAAAUCACAACAAAAUGAGAUUCUUUACGGAAAUCUUCGCGAUUGGAAGUGGACUUCAAUGGUUUGGUCACAAUUUGACGGCUUUAAGGUCACCGAAACCUUAUUGGAUUGGAAGCGAAGUAUAGACGGCAUCGCCAUCAUCGAGGAGACUCUGUUUCUAUUUCAGGACAAUAAACAGAUUCGCGUCGACUGUCUCUAUAAAACAGAUAAAUGGGUUUAUGAGGUAAACACCGGACACAAGAAUUUCCUGAUAACCGGACCCUUGAAUGCCACUUAUUUCGGGGAACAACAGAAAGAUACCAUUCCCUUAUACAUCAUCAAAGGCGAUAAAUAUCAUAUUUGCUAUCUG